AUGCCUGCUGCCUCAUCAUCUACCACUCUCUUACCAGCCGCCGGCUCGGCCUCGCCAUCCAUCAGCCGCAAGUCAUCAGCUUCAGCUCCCGAAAAGAAAUACAAGUGCCAGUUCUGCAAUCGCGCUUUUAGCAGAAGCGAGCACCGCAGCAGACACGAACGAUCGCACACCAAAGAACGUCCUUUCAAAUGCCUCAAGUGCCGUAGCACCUUUGUUCGUCGCGAUCUCCUUCUGCGCCACGACCGUACCGUACACGCAAAGGAUGGAGGUGUGCCGUUGCAAAGCGACACCAAACGACGAAGCAAUGCAUCCAAGCAGUCGCCUGAAGCAGCCCCGCCCAAGCUCCCCAUGGGCAUGGAGCAGGCAGCCAUCGAGCAGAUGAGUGCCGACGAUGGCAUGUUCGGUGUCGAGGAAGCAGCCAUGCUGAUGACCAACUUUCAACAGAAGGCUGCCAUGUCCACGCAGAUGCCCGAACCCAUCCUUGCCGAACCCUCGUAUCCUCAAGCCGGUUCCAUGACGCUUCCUCAAAUGCCACAAACACACUGGGACACCAUGAUGCCUCAGCCCAUGGCCAAGUCGCAGUCAAUAUCGUCUCAAAGCACCACUGCUGGUCACGAUGGUCGUUUGACCCAGGCUUCAGCUGGUCCCAUGGGUAUCCACAGUCAGCUGCCUCCCCUCAUGGAGCAGCAAUUUGGCAAUGCUUCGCUCUCGGCCCUUGGAACUCCCGGCGCUCUGUCGCCUUUCCCUUCGAUGAUGGGACCCGUGUCUCCUGUCGACUACCGCCGUUCUCCGGGUCCCGCUCAGGUCUGCACCAUGCCCAAGCCGCCUCAAGUUGAGUCCGAAGACCAGAUUGCUAGUAUUCUGCAAAACAUCAAGCACUGCGACAGCGAGGGUGCUCUGCUCGAUACGUUCCGUCUCCCCCACGGUGACGACCUGAACCGUUACUUGUCGACUUAUUUCACCCUGUUCCACCAUCACCUGCCGUUUUUGCAUCCUUCCUCGUUCAACCCGGCACACGUUUCGGCACCCCUGCUGCUCUCAGUCCUCUCAGUCGGCGCUCUUUAUGCCUUUGAGCAAGAUUCGGCUUACAUGCUCCACAUCGGAUCCAAGCUUCUGAUCAACCAGUUCCUGGUCAAUAAGGAGAACUUCAGCUCUCGCAAAUGCCCUAUCUGGGCUAUGCAAGCCACCUUGCUCAACAUGAUCUUUGCCAGCUGGAGCGGUGAUCCGAAGGGACUUGAGUGGGCCUGCUCGGUCAAGAGCCUUGUCGCCAACAUGGUCGCUGGUAACAGGUAUGAGCUUAAGUUGCGUUCCGAGGCCCGCCAAGGUGCGCAGCCCAAUCACCAGGAAUGGAUUGAAGACGAGAGCUGCCGCCGUACAUAUUACGCGGUUUAUAUCUUCUUUGGCCUACUGACCAUGACAUAUAACCACACGCCGGCCAUCAGCUUCAACGAGUUCGACACCCUGGAAUUGCCGUCUUCCGAGACUUUGUGGGCCCUUGACGUUAACCAGAGUGCAGUCUGGCACGAGAGCAUGAAGGCUACGAGCAUCAUCACUUUCCAGGAGUCUCACUGUGCCCUCUUCCAGGGCGAGCCUGCUCGCUACAGCGCCUUCGCUACUCGCGUCAUGAUCAACGCCCUCUUCCUCGAAGUCUGGUAUCACAAGAGAUGCCCUGAGGCUCUGCAGGACGUCGUUACCGAGUACAAGCUUCGUCUGGCCCUGGAAUCCUGGGAGAAAUCUCUUGACAUUUGUGAGCCUGAGACAGUUGUUGUUCAGCUCAGUGCGCCUCACCGAGGACAUCCUCUUAUCUUCAACGCCAUGGCCGUGUACCGCAACACCACUGCUAGACUCAUGGUCGAUCUCAAGUCCGUUCAGGAGGCUCUUCGUUACCACGAUCCUUACGAGGUUGCUGCUGCUAUGACCAAUGCGAGAGAUAAGGUCAAGCGUUCUCCUGAGAUGCUCAAGGUCAUUCAAGCCUGCUUCGAUUGCGUCGAAGUCGCCGCUGUACAUGGCAUCCGCUGGGUUGCUCGCACAUCGGCCACCAACUGGAGUAUCGAGCACCCGCUCUGUGGACUCGACCUUAUGGUCAUCCUAACGCUCUGGCUCUGGCGUGUUGAACACGACGAGGAAGCUCCCAACGCCGAGGAGAUCGCCAUGUACGAAAAGCUUCGCAACUUGUUCGAUGACGACUCUGUAGACAUGUACGGCAGACUCAGCUCAAGUGUUGCCCGUUUGUGGGGUAGCAUGAUCGACGAAGUGGUAGUUUGGGGAAUCACUAAACUUAUGGGUGAAUCUUUCAAGCUCCAUGCUCAGGCUCUCGCUGGUUACGAAGAGGCCAUGCUCGCACAAGAGCAGGCACACUCCGCCCCAGCCAUGACCUCUCACAACCUUGCAGUGGCCGCUUACUAG